GACUUUUUCUCGAGACAUUGCUGAGAGAAAAAAAAGUUAUUUUGUCUACACCGAUAACCGAGUCUUAAUCGUGACUCCAUCGCGUGAUUGUAUCAGCAAAUCCCGACUACCUACGAAUACCUGCUCCUUCAAUGACUGGCUUCAGACCUUUGAACUGGGCGCAAGAAUUGGCUAAGGUAUUCGACGAGCGUCUGAGAUCAUCUGAAUUGUCCAAAAUCCACCUAAAUAUGCUCAUUAGGAUCAAGAACUCGGGAUUCUCUACUUCCACUCGCUCACGUUUUCAAUAGUAGGCUGAUUGUGUGAGUUGCUUGUCCAAUUACAAUGUAUCUCUGGGACCCCAAUUCUAUUAUAGUAGUCUUAGAGAGGCCAUGCUUCAUUAUCCAGUUGCUUUUGUUAUCGACAGCCUGCUAUUCGUCCCUUUGAGCUCAUAACUUCUGCUGCCCUUCAGAGAACUGUGAUAUGCCCUGAGUCUACGGAAAGUAGCGAUGUUGUAUAUUUAAUAUCGCAGCGUCUGAAUAGAAUAUUUGAUUUGAGAUCGAGUUGUCUAUCUUGUUCGCUAAUAUUUGUUGUAAGUUUCUUGCGGCGGAGGUUGAGCAAUCGUGAUCUCACUAUUUGGUAUCGAUCAUCAUAGCCUCAUCCUGUCGCCCGACUCGAGCGCCAAUACAUCAAAUGGGAGCUGCCUAACUCGUCGUAAUCAUCGAACUUCCCCAGCUUGAAAUAUUUCUCCAUGGGGUUUUAAGCUUAUUGAAAAUGCAUCUUCACCCCUCAUUCAUUUAUGCGCCGCCUGUUCACUGGAGCGCUUCAACAACUAAGUUACAUGGGUAUUAUGAGCCGGGACCGAAAGAUCGACACUGGAAACAAUGGCUUCCCGUCCUCCACCCGAGGCAUAAUUGGAGAGGAGAAUAUGAUUUGCACGGAUCGAUCGAAUACGCGGGUGGUCUGCAUGAGGUUGGUUAUCUGAAUGAUCACAACCAUCGGGACUCGUGCAGGGGCCAUUUGAGAUGCGGAGGCUCGUCCCUACUACGCAUGAACAUAUUAUAUAAAGACAGUUACUUACCUUGUAUACUGAUGUUACGGACGAUAAGAUAUAAGAUCUGUCCUGACUUACAACAGGUCGUGCAUAUUGAAUCUGAGCCCUACUCAUCGUCUCAAGACAAGUCCAAUAUGCGUGUCGUUUCGCUCCUCGCAACGGCACUCUCAGCAUCUCCUUUUGUUGAAGCCCUUCCUGCCGAUAACCCAAGAUCCACGAAUAGCAAAUAUGUCGGCUAUCUCAUCUCUACCUUUAGUGACCCGACCCCUCAAGUUCAAUGGCAUCUGUCAGACGGCAACUCGGCUUCGAGCUUUAACUUCCUCAACGGAGGAAAGCCUGUCUUGACCUCAAAUGUUGGAACCAAGGGCGUCAGGGACAUCUUUCUCACGACCAAUACUGCCCGCUCCGAGUACUUUACUAUCGCCACUGAUCUGGACAUUAAUGCUCCAGGCUUCUCAUGGGAUCUUGUUACACGCAACGGAAGUCGGGGUCUUGUUGUUUGGUCUUCGAAAGACCUCAUCAAUUGGUCCAAGCCUUCACUCAGAAUUGUAGAGUCAGACACAGCUGGCAUGGCCUGGGCACCUUCUGUAGUCUGGGAUGAUCCUACAAAGCAGUACUAUGUCUUCUGGGCAGCCAGGCACUAUUCAGCUUCUGACACGGAGCAUAAAGGCACCGCAACUCUCGAUCGCAUUCGCUAUGCUACAACCAAAGACUUUAAGACUUUCAGCGCACCGAAGGAUUACCAUGCCCCCGAGGACACUGGCCUCAUCGAUCAAGAGUUUCUGUACCUAGGCAAACCGGGGCAUUUCGCGCGUUUCCUCAAGAACGAGACCAUUAACCAAGUGUAUCAGGAGACCACAACGACCGGUCUUUUCGGAACUUGGACCCGUGUUCCCGGCUACGUGCGACCCGAAUCGCCCCUUGAAGGCCCAGGUGCAUUUGCUGAUCUUCGCACACCUGGACUAUACCAUCUUCUGCUCGAUGAUUACACUCAGUAUAUCCCUUUCCAGACUUCCAACAUUCUUUCUCCGGACUGGGAGAAGUCAGACUUUCCCAACUUUCCCAAAGGAUUGAAGCAUGGCUCCGUGACGCCCCUUACGAAGAAGGAGUACGACGCUGUUGCUGCUAAGUUCCGCAAAUGAACUCCUUUCAUUGGGUAAUCGAGAUUGCUACAAUUUAAAGUAGCAGUGGAUGAUCUUGUUCAUCUUAUGAAGUUGUCUUGUAGACUUGACAGAUCAGAGUAUCAGACAAGAGCACCCAGACUGGAGCAGGUUGUCAAAUGGAGAUAAUAUGCAUUCAUACUAGAAACUAUGAUGUCAAUAUCUAUAUACGUACCACCAUAAAUCCAUAUCUACUGCCUCUCCAUCUGUCUCUGCUCUCGGUUCACUCCUUGCAGUCUCCUCCUAAAAGCAAUCUGUGCCUGUUGCACAUUUCAUCCUUAGA